CGGGUGGGCGUUUCGGAGAAUGGAACAGACAGCACGCCUCGCCCGCCGAAGUCCGGUCACGUGACGACUGCCGAGGGUCUCCGUUCACACCGGUCAAAAACAGGGGAGCGGGUGAGCGUGUGAAAGCGCCGACCGUACGAGCUCCUCGAGGGUGAAAAUAUCACUAUUUUUUCCCCCUUCCCCUCUCUCGCUUUCUCUUCUUAAUAAAAAAGCUUCUGUGACAACAAUCCCACUCUUCUCUCUCUCUCUCCCUCUCUCUCUCUCUUCCUCGUUCCAAACCCUAACCCUAGACCGCACAGGGAGAGGUGGGUGCGUGAUUACCCGAUGACAACGAGGCGACGAUGACGGAGAAGCCGGAAGAGGAAAUGGAAGCGUCGUCGACGGUCGCCGCUUCGUCGAUACAGCCGCCGUUCUCGUCGCAGACGUCGUCCGUGUUUCCCUUCGUCGGGGAUCUCUUCGACGCCGACGGCGGCGACACGGACUCGCUUGGCUUCCUCGAGCUUCUCGGCCUACGGGAUCUCCACCACACUCCCCCUCCUUUAUUAUUCGAUCACCUGCCGCCGGCUGCUGGGCGGGGAGCGGAGCCACCGGACGGCGGAAACAUCCCUGCGACCCCAUCGUCGAUCUCGACGUCGUCCUCCACCGAGGCGGCCACGGCGAUCAGAGCUUUGACCGCUUCUCCCGCCGCCGCCGUUGCCGGAGAUGAGGGAUCGGAGCAACAGCAGAAGACCAGUAAAGCGGAGGAGGAAGGCGGGAAGAAGAAAGGGCAAAAGCGUCAAAAGGGUCCACGAUUCGCGUUCAAGACGCGGAGCGAGGUCGACCACUUGGAGGACGGCUACCGGUGGCGCAAGUAUGGACAAAAGGCCGUCAAGAACAGCCCCUACCCGAGGAGUUACUACCGUUGCACCAGCGCCACCUGCGGCGUGAAGAAGCGGGUGGAGCGGUCGUCGGAGGACCCCGCGGUGGUGGUGACGACCUACGAGGGGCAGCACACCCACCCCAGCCCCAUCCUCCCACGCGGCCACGCGCAUCAGCCCCUCUUGAUUCCGCCACCGCCACCGCCGCCGAUCGGACUCAGCGUGCUGCCGUCCAUGGGUCUCAGCCUCCCGAUUCUCGGAAGUUACCUCCAUCCUUCUCCGGCGACACUGCCUGACUUCCGCCCCGCCGCCGCCGUUCCUCCUCCUCUUCCCCCGUUGACCCACAACGCCUUCAGCAAUCGGACGGCGGCGGAGGCAGAAGCGUCGUCCAGGGACCACGGGCUGCUACAGGAUUUGAUACCAUCGGAGAUAAGGAAGAGCGACGAACUGUAGAGAUGAUGAUCUUGUUAACGCUUAACGGUACGUACAAAUCGGCUUCCCCUAAAAAAAUGCUGCUUUUUUUUUCAUCUUCGAUUUUAUUUCUCUCUCCUUUUAGGAGCUUGUGUUUUUUUUUCUCUGACCUGAUCAGUCGAAUAGAGUAUUCUCAACGUCCAUGAUAUUGUACACUGAAUGAUAUUGUACUUUUUUGCUGCCACCCCAGCUUUCAUUAGAUCUCUCUGUACACAAUGACUAGAACACUAAUUACUUUAUAAUUACUUGGUUUAAUUAUCUGAUA